GCCCAGGAUCGCGCGUGGCGGCGGCGGGGCCGCGAACCACUGUUUAAAAAAUGACCACACCAAACAAGACACCUCCUGGUGCUGAUCCUAAGCAGCUGGAAAGAACUGGAACAGUACGAGAAAUUGGGUCACAAGCUGUUUGGUCACUCUCAUCUUGUAAACCAGGAUUUGGAGUGGAUCAAUUACGAGAUGACAAUUUAGAAACUUAUUGGCAAUCAGAUGGCUCCCAGCCUCAUUUAGUGAAUAUCCAAUUCAGAAGAAAAACAACAGUGAAGACAUUAUGUAUUUAUGCGGACUACAAAUCUGAUGAAAGUUAUACUCCAAGCAAGAUCUCAGUCAGAGUAGGAAAUAAUUUUCACAACCUUCAAGAAAUUCGGCAACUUGAAUUGGUGGAACCAAGUGGCUGGAUUCACGUUCCCUUAACCGAUAAUCAUAAGAAGCCAACGCGCACGUUCAUGAUACAGAUUGCUGUUCUGGCUAAUCACCAGAAUGGGAGAGACACCCACAUGAGGCAGAUUAAAAUAUACACACCUGUGGAAGAAAGCUCCAUUGGGUGGCUGCCGUUGGAUUUUGCUUCCUCUCUGCUUCCUGGAGAAGAUCCUAAAUUUCAUAUUGGCGUUUCUGGGAAAAGACUUUGUUGGGAAAAGGUUGACACUACUGGCUCGGAGGGGAAGAAAUUAUAACCUAUCUCAAGCCUAUUGACAGCUGAUUUUUGAUGAUUAUAUGGCAGUCACUGGAUUGAUCAUCACAUGUGCAAGUGCUACACUGUAGAACACCCUCAGACUGCUGUAGGAUCGCCGGAUCAGCUUCUCAUGUCACAGAGCUGGAUAUGUCCACACAGCAAUCAUUAGGAGUGACUGCAAAUACAAAGCAUACUUUCUGAGCCAUGACAUCUGUGUGGGAAGGAAGCCCAGAAGAUCCAGAGUUCCCAGUGGUAAGGAAAGAUGGCAUUGCUGGCAAGAAAACCUGAAAGGUGCAGCGUUAAGUGAAGAUGCCUUCUGAAACUGAUGGGCCACUUGUGAGAAGGCUAUAAACUGACUACACGGCCUCUCUGAUCUCUGCGUUUAUGUCGUCACAGGCAUCCAUCUCCUCAAUGAAAUAUUUUCUUGAGUCCUGGCUCACACUGUCACCAGACUGCUCGGAUAUGGAAAAGAGCAUCUUUUCGGUGUAUUUAUGGCAUAACACUGAAUUGCAGCCGCAUCAGCACCACUGCUCAUAAAUCAUGCUAUCAUCACCUUCUCCAAUCGUGCAGAGUCAAUCGUGAUUUCCCCUCUGAAUUGACAGGCUGAAGAAGGCUUUGUACUACCCACUGUCCCUUGCUGUCCCCAUUAGUCAUGGAGGAUGAAUGUGUAAUGAAUCUUAAGAUACCAAGUGAUUUAUCAUAUCAAAUCUCUAGGGGUGCUGAGGCGAAGACCACCAGAACGGCUGGCUGGUGUUCCUUGUGGAGACCACAAGUAGUCUGGAUUGCCCGUCGUGUUGGGGCUGUGGGGAAGACCUGGUCAUGUUCCUCAGGAGGCUCAUAGCCUUCUUCCUGUUUAAAUACCUCAGUUGUUCUUUGGUUCUGAUGACCCUUUCUUUAAAUUCUUUUGGGAGAGGAAUGGGGCCCACUCUGUAAUGCCAAGCCUUCACAUUUAAAGAAAGGACACUAUUUUACUGCACAUAUCAUACAAAUCUGCGAAGAGGAGGCUGGUAGGGAAAUCUAUUUCUAAGGCAUUUUUCCUCUAAAAUGGCACAAGACACAGACGCUCACCAUUAUGAUUUGGAUCCCCCUGAAAUGCAUGUAUUGAAGUCCUAAGCCCAGGACCUCGGUAUGUAAUGAUAUUUGGAGAUAGGGCCUUUAAAGAAGUAAUUACGUUAAAAUGAAACCCUAGGGUGGGUUCUAAGCCAAUAUGGUUGGUGUCCUUAUAAAAUUAGAUUAGGACCAGGUAGACACAGAGGAAGGCCACAGUGAAGACACAGAGAGGCGGCGGCCAUCUAUAAGCAGGGAGAGAGGAUUCUGAAGAACCCAGCUCUGUCGACACCUUGAUCUCAGAGGUCUAGCCUGCAGUCCUGUCGAUGAUAAAUUUCUUCCGCUGAAGCCCCCAGUUUUGCAGUACUUUGUUAUGGCAGACCUGAGAAGCUAAUGGACUCACAUACACCUGGAUAUAUUUUUUUUGGAUAAAGAAAUACGUUCUCCCUGUGUAAGUGGGAUAUUAGGCAAAUACUGAGUGUUGUAAAGAAAACAGAAAUGGAACCAAAAGCCCCUCCAAGUUUUUCACAUGACAUAGGCAAGCAGCAGUGUGAAUUCACCAGCCUUCACGUACAUGUCGUCUUUAUUUGAGUUCCCAUAGAAUCAGAACCCCAGACUGGGGUUGGAGUAUAUGUAGAUAUGGGAAGUGACUCCAGGAGGUCAUGCAAGGGAGUGGAGAGGUGGAACAGACAACCUGGGUUUAAAAGCAGGCUACGAUGAUAGGCGUCAGGGGCUCAACCCAUCGGUGGAUAGAGGCUGUGUCUCUGAUGAUCCCCCUUGAAGAGUGAGGCAGUUGGAUUAUUUACCCACCAACCCCCUUCAUUAUUGGUUGAGAGCUGCACCUGUGGCCUCCACCUCUCUGGUAGCCCUACUUUUCCUGCUCUGGUGGCCAGAGAGAAUCUUCCAGCGGAGACUCUCACCAGCUUCCAGUCAAUACUCAGCUUGCCUUGGACGAGGAGGGUCAGAGGAUCUGAGCAGGGGGCUGGUGUGACAUUAAACAUGGGCUUUCUGUGUGCUAGUGUCCCUGUGCGAAGCUGUCCCUCAUUCUUAGUCUGUGACUUUCAGCUGCUACAGACCCACCCUGUAGCUCCAGUAAACCUGUGAUGUACAUCUACAGAGCUGGCCUGAGCUAACCAACCAGCUUGAUUCCUCCGCAUAGCCACCAUCUUUGGCUCACAAAUACCAGGCAGGCCAAUAGAGUCUUCUCCAGAACCUCUGUAAGCACAGAAUAUCCUCUUUACCUCGGGAUUUCUAGCUCCAAAGCCCAAGGAGCUGUAAGCUACCAGA